UAUAAAAUAGCCAUCUGCAUAGUUGUUUGACAGCAGUUUUUCUAAAAAAGCCCUUGCACGCAACAUGUCUCUCAUCAAGUCAUUCGCUCUUUUUGCCUUGGUGGCUCUUGCCACUGGUAAGGUCGUCAGCCGAGAAGUUUGCGGUAAUGUUUAUCAAACUGGCACUGGAGGAAGCAUUAUUUCACCCAACUAUCCAACUGGCUACAAAACUGAUGAAUCUUGCGGAUGGUUUUUGACUGCUGAAAAUGGAAAUAGAAUUGCCGUCGUCAUCCACCAUCUGGAUACCGAAGCUGGUUACGAUGUUCUGACAAUCCGUGAUGGUGUUACUGAAGAGUCACCCGUCCUGGUUGAACUUUCUGACCUAGUCGACAACUUGACCGUUCUGUCCACUCAACCUUCCAUUUUCGUCGGCUUUACCUCUGAUUCCAACAUCUGCUUUCGUGGAUUCAACGCAAGUUGGACUCAAGUCAACCCAUAAGCCAACUUGGAACUUUUUGGCCUGUAAACUACACCUGUCAUCAGUUGUAACUUGAGCGUUUGUAGAACUACGUAGUUAGGCGCGAACUAUACGUGGUAAUAGAAACGUUUGGGUAUAAAAUAUGAUGAUAACUAGUUAGUUGUGCCAGUGUGUAUUGCCUUUCAAGAGACGAGUUUCUGACUUGCUGUUGACUGUUCUUCUUCUUUUGUUGUCAUUUGGGUAUGUUCACACUUCUUUAAACCAAUACACCAUUCUGCAUUUGGGAAA